GGCGGCCAGGAGCAGGGCCCCGGCGCGGGGCGGCCGCUGGAGCCGUCGCUGCUGCGCUUCUUGGUGUGCCCGCUCUCCAAGCGGCCGCUGAGGUGAGGGCCUGGGGGCUGCGAGGGAGCAAGGGGCCUCAAGGCAAAGCCAGGUAUGAAGAAUCGACUAACGAGCUCAUUAACGAGGAGCUGGGCAUCGCGUACCCCAUCAUCGAUGGCAUCCCUAACAUGAUUCCGGAGGCAGCCAGGACGACGCAGAAGCGGCCCCCAGCAGAGGCCUCGGAGCAGCCGUGAGGGCGCCGUGCCGAUGGCUGCAGGCGGCCUGCUUCCCUCCCUGCCCACGCUGACCGUGCUCGUUCCCCUCCUCUCCCUAGCAGGCUUGUUCUACUCGGCCAGCGUCGAUGAAACCUUCCCCCAGGGCUGCACCAGCACCAACAGCUUAUGCUUCUACAGCCUCCUGCUUCCUGUUACAAUACCAGUUUAUGUAUUCUUCCACCUGUGGACCUGGAUGGGAAUCAAGCUUUUUAGGCACAACUAGUGCACUGCCUCCGCUAACCCGUGGGCUUCUCUAGAGCAACACACUUUAUUUAAUUUUGCCAGGUCUCGCAAUUGAUCUGAGACUUCUGUUGGGGCACUAGUCUGACCUGUAUGCAGUCCUCUGCAGCAAGCCUAUUACUUAAUUACUGCAAAGUAAGAGAAUAACAAACAUUAUUUCUUUCUAGUGUAUCUCUUCAAGCUCUGUUUCUAGUAGCUACUGAAAAUCUUCUAGGGGUAAUAAUCUGUGAUCGAUGACUGCACCCUGACUAAAAUAACACCAAAUAAUAAGCAGUGACAAUAUGGGGUGGUAUGAAUCUCUCCUUGAUUUUGUUUGUCUUGAACUGAUGUACUGAAAUGCAUUUGUCUCACAGUCAGAGGAAUGUAAAAUAAAUUAGGUUAAUGUUUAAUAACAGGCCUUGAAUUGAAUGAAGAAUUUUGUUCAGAUACUCAUACACACACACACACACAUAUAUAUAUAUGUAUAGAGUAUCUUUCUCCUUAAUGCUGUCUCCUCCUUAGUAGAUAAGAAACGGUAGAUACUUUGGCUGAAUACUUCAGCUUUCCCUGUUCCCAUUUACAGCAGCACUAGAGAAUGGAGUGACACAAGGUCCUGUAACUGCUGAAAAAAAAAUCAGAAUUGCAGUACUGUGUUGGAAACAUUGCAGAUCUUAGUGUCUACUGAUGAGAAACUAAUAAAGCAAUCACACUGAU